UCCGCCCCUCAGCCUCUGUCGAGCACUCGGAAAACCUCUCCCGGCUUGCCGCGCUCCUCCAGCCGGGCUUUAAAGGGAGUCGGGGGCCGGGCGAGGCGGGGACCUCGCCGGAGCCGAGACGCAGGCAUGACGGCCGAGGAGCGCAGGAAUCUGCGCACCUUCGGAGACUACGUCAGGAAAACCCUGGACCCUACCUACAUCCUGGGUUAUAUGACCCCCUGGUUGAGGGAAGAUGAGAUGCAAUAUAUUCAGGCUGAGAAAAACAACAAGGGCACUGUGGAGGCUGCCUCAGCUUUUUUCAACUUCCUUGUGGAGCUCAAGGAGGAAGGCUGGUUCCGUGGCUUUUUGGAUGCCCUGCAACGUGCAGGUUAUACUGGACUUUAUGAAGCCUUUGAAAGCUGGGAUUUCCAAAAAAUUGAAAAAUUGGAGGAGCAUAGAUUGCUUUUAAGACGUUUACAACCAGAAUUCAAAACCAGUAUUAAUCCAUUAGAUAUUCUUCCUGAAAUAUCCCAGUGUUUAAUUAAUCAGGAAUGUGAAGAAAUUAGACAGGUUUGUUUCAACAAGGGGUCGAUGGCAGGUGCGGAGAAAAUGGUUGAAUGCCUCGUCAGAUCAGACAAGGAGAACUGGCCCAAAGCUUUGAAACUUGCUUUGGAGAAAGAAGAGUGCAACUUCAAUGAACUGUGGAUUGUAGAGAAAGGUGCAGAAGAUGUUGAAAUUAAAGAUCUUGGGGAUGGUGAAAUGGAAACUUCUGAAGUACAAAUAUUCUACCAGGAAGAACCAGAAUACCAGAAUCUUAGUCAGAGUUCAUGUCCACCUUCAGAAGUGUCUCAUACUAACUUGUACAGCCCCUUGAAGCCAAGAAAUUACCAAUUAGAGCUCGCUUUGCCUGCUCAGAAUGGAAAAAAUACAAUCAUAUGUGCUCCUACUGGUUGUGGAAAAACCUUUGUUUCCAUUCUUAUAUGUGAACAUCAUCUUAAAAAAUUUCCACAAGGACAAAAAGGGAAGAUUGUCUUUUUUGCAGUUCAAAUCCCAGUAUAUGAACAGCAGAAAUCCGUGUUCUCAAAAUAUUUUGAAAGGCUUGGGUACACAGUCGCAGGCAUUUCUGGAGCAACAUCUGAAGAGGUCCCAGUGAGACAGAUUGUUGAGAACAAUGACAUCAUCGUUUUAACUCCACAGAUUCUUGUGAACAACCUUAAAGAUGGGAUUAUUCCAUCACUCUCUGUCUUUACUUUGAUGAUAUUCGAUGAAUGCCACAACACCAGUAAACACCACCCAUACAAUAUGAUCAUGUUUAAUUAUCUAGAUCAGAAGCUUGGAGGAUCUUCAGACCCACUGCCCCAGGUCAUCGGGCUAACUGCUUCAGUUGGCGUCGGGGAUGCCAAAGACAUAACUGAUGCCAAGAUGUAUAUCUGCAAGCUGUGUGCUGCUCUUGACACAUCAGUGAUAGCAACAGUCAAAGACAACUUGAAGGAACUGGAGGAAAUUGUUAAUAAGCCCCAGAAGUUUUUCAGGAAAGUGGAAACACGGACUACCAACAAAUUUAAAUGCAUUAUAUCUCAACUGAUGGUGGAGAUAGAGAAGAUGGCAGAGAGUGUGUUUGAAGAACUUGGUACUCUAACUCUCGAAAGCUUAUCUCAUAUUCAAAAUAGGGAAUACGGUACACAGAAAUACGAACAAUGGAUUAUUGCAGUUCAGAAAGCGUGCAUGGUGUUUCAGAUGCCGGACAAAAAUGAAGAGAGCAGGAUUUGUAAGGCAUUGUUCUUGUACACUUCGCAUCUACGGAAAUAUAAUGAUGCCCUCAUGAUCAAUGAGGAUGCCCGAAUCAAAGAUGCUUUGGAUUUCCUGAAAGACUUCUUCACUAAUGUCCGAGCAGCAGGAUUUGAUGAGAUAGAGCAAGAUCUCACUCAGAGGUUUGAAGAAAAGCUUCAGGAACUAGAGUAUGUUUCCAUGGAUCCCAACAAUGAGAACCCUAAACUCCAAGACCUUUCCUUCAUCUUGCAAGAGGAGUACCAUGUAAACCCAGAUUCAAGAACCAUUCUGUUUGUAAAAACCAGAGCACUUGUGGAUGCUUUAAAGAAAUGGAUUGAAGAAAAUCCUAAACUCAGCUUUCUCAAACCUGGCAUAUUGACUGGACGUGGUAGAACAAAUCAGAAAAUAGGUAUGACCCUGCCAGCACAGAAGUGUGUUUUGGACACAUUCAGAUCCAACAGUGAUAGCAAGAUUCUGAUUGCCACCUCGGUUGCAGAUGAAGGCAUUGACAUUGCUCAGUGCAAUCUGGUCAUCCUGUAUGAGUAUGUGGGCAAUGUCAUCAAAAUGAUUCAAACCAGAGGUAGAGGAAGAGCAAGAGGUAGCAAGUGCUUCCUUGUGACUAGUAAAGCUGAUGUAAUUGAAAAAGAAAAAAUAAACAUAUACAAAGAAAAAUUGAUGAAUGACUCCAUUUUAAGCCUUCAGGAAUUGGAUGAAGCAGAAUUUAAAAAAAAGCUUCUCAUUAUACAGAAUCAAGAAAAAUUCAUCAGAGAUAAUGAAGGAAAAGCAAAACCUGAACCUGAUAAGAAAAAUAAAAAACUGCUCUGCAGAAAGUGCAAAGCUUUUGCAUGUUAUACAGUUGAUAUAAGAGUGGUUGAGGAAUCCCAUUACACUGUGGUUGGAGAUGCUUUUAGGGAGUGCUUUGUGAGUAAGCCACAUCCCAAACCAAGGACGUAUGGGAGUUUUGAGAAGAAAGCAAAGAUACACUGUGCCCGCCAGGGCUGCAGCCAUGACUGGGGAAUCUAUGUGAAGUAUAGGACAUUUGAGAUUCCAGUUAUAAAGAUUGAAAGUUUUGUGGUGGAGGAUAUUGCCACUGGAGCUCAGAGCCUGUAUGCAAAGUGGAAGGACUUUCAUUUUGAGAAGAUACCAUUUGAUGCUGCAGAAAUGUCCAAAUAACUUCAGGGCCUCAAUUUUCAGCUACAGGGAAUGGGUGACUUUGAGUGAAGAAGAACUUAGCCCCAGUGGGUAUAAUCAUGAAUCCUUUGUACCACUGUGAAGAUAGUUUACCUAAGGCUUGUAACUACUUAGCACUUUGAAUACUUACCACUUUGCUUCCUGUGUAUUGUUUCAACAGUUUGCAGUGUAUCUUAUAUGUAAAGCAGAAGGAGUAAACCACAGCACUGAGCAUUUCGUAGGCCAUUAACAGAGCUCAUAGUACCUGGGAAAAAUUAAAAAGCCUUAACUUCUGUUUCUGUCCUUCCCUUCCGUGCCAACUGCCAGUGUACACACAGUAGCCAAUCAAUAUACAUUGGGAUAAGUGAAUGAAUAAAAUGAAUGUCGAAAGGUU